AUGUCUGAGAAUUAUGCAGAAGAUGAGUUUUACGCCGUUGAUUCCGGCGAGUCCAUAGGUUGGAUUGAUUUUUUGAACUUGAGCGCGGAGGAUGUUCUCCGGUUUAAUUUCGCAGAUGUUGACAUUGCAUUUGAGUUCUACCAGCAAUAUGCAAAGCACCAUGGCUUCGGCGCGAGACGUUCCAGAAGCGAAAAACGUGGCGAAGUAAGGAUACGGCAGGAGUUCGUGUGCCACCGACAAGGGUUCCGAUCCCCGAAGUUCUACUCGAUGCCUAACCGGCAAAAGAGUCCGAGGGCCGAGACACGGUGUGGAUGCUCUGCAAGGAUGCUACUUCACAUGGACGAUGAAUCAGGACGUUGGCACGUUGCGUUCUUUUCAGACGCGCAUAACCACCACGUUCUUGAGUUGCGAUUUUCUUCCAUGCUCCCGGGCCAUCGGAGGAUGAGCGAAGCGGACAUCAAGUAUCAUAAUGUCCCGUACACAACAAGGGACAUGCACAAUGUAAAUGCGAAGCAACGAAGGGAGGGUGGCCUAGAUGCGGAAUCGUGCCUAAGGUAUCUCCGAGAGUGCAAGGCAAAUGAUCCAGCACUGUGUUUGGAGACGUGGUUGCAUUUGAUGCAACGUACAAGAAAAACAGUUGUCUUUGCCGCUGCACUGGUGGCAGACGAGAAAGAAGAGACCUAUGUCUGGCUGCUUCAGCAGUUGCAAACUUCAAUGAAAGGGAAGGCUCCCGUGUCCAUAAUAACCGACGGUGACAGGAAAAUGAAGUCUGCGAUCGAGCAAGUUUUUCCAGAGGCUCACCAUCGACUCUGCGCUUGGCAUCUAUUCCGAAACGCCACGAGCAACAUUGGAAAGCCCAAAUUCACCAGGAUGUUUAGGGAUUGCAUGCUCGGUGACUAUGAGGUCCGAACAUUUCAGAAAAAGUGGUUUGAGAUGGUUGAGAAAUUUGGCGUGGCCGAUAAAAGAUGGGUACAGGACAUGUAUGAGAGAAGGCACAGUUGGGCCACAGCACACAUACGGGGAAAGUUCUUUGCCGGAUUUCGAACAACAUCAAGCUACACUGAGUUUUUACGUCAUUUCCAUCGAUGCUUGAUGUUCGUGCGCGCAAAGGAGGUGGAGGCUGAUUUCGAGUGUGCAAAGGGUGACCCUGUUAUGACCACCAACCUGAAACAGCUGGAGCGGAGUGCAGCCGACAACUACACUCGUGCGAUAUUCUAUUUGUUUGUUCCCAUUCUUGACAGGGCCUGUGCAAUGAGGGUGGUUGACUCUGAAGACAACGGUUCCUAUUUUAUUCACACCGUCUCUCGAUACGACACUCCGGGGAAGGAGUGGCAUGUUGUUGCAACGUCUGAUACGAGGGAGGUCCGAUGCACGUGCAUGAGAAUGGAAUGUUUCGAGGUCCCCUGCGAACAUAUAAUUGCGGUGCUUGUUCUUAACAAUGUUCAUGAGAUCCCGAGGUCUCUGAUAUUACCGAGAUGGACCAAGGAUGCAAAACUUGUGGCGGUGCAGUCGAUGGGCGUGAUUUGGGAUUCUGUACAACUGACGCAACACUGGUGCCUAAUGGAUUGGUACCGGAAAGUGUGCAAGAUUGCAUGUCACAGCACCGAAAAGUUCCAGUUUGCAAGAGACAUUGCCGUGCUGAUGCUGAAGCAUUUCGAGAACGAAGAUGCAGGGAACACCAGUUUUCCACACGAGGGCCACCUACUGAGGGUGGCAGACCCCCGACGCAGAAUCCACCCAGGCGCAAUACAAAGGGUAACGGUGCUCAUGGUGGAAAGAAGACCCAGCGAUGUCGUUUGUGCCGGGAGGUGGGACACAACAGGACGACGUGUCUGGAGCGUCGCACAAUGGAACCAUCCAGCGCAAUUGCAGAAGACAUGGAUUCGAUGGACACUGACAUGGUGGGUUGGUCGCUCUAUAGACGAUGUCUAUGAUAACCUAUCCGGCGAUCUGUAUGCGACCGUGGAGAUUCCUUCAUUCCAAUGCUCCGAUAGUGACACGCAGGCUGGGUUUGCUAACAGCGACUUCGCUGGGACCAACACGUCCGGGCCAGUCAUGUCUCUCGCCGAUUGA